AUGGCCACCAACACCGCGCCCGCCGGCCCGCUUCCGUCCGCCUUCGAUACCACCAUUGGCAACAACUCCUUCGCAACCCAGUCCUGCGGGGACUUCUUCCGCCGCUUCCUGGCCAACACUACCUUCAGGGAAUGUUUGCCCGUCUCGCUGCUGCUCGCCACCUCCAAGUCGUGGUUCAACGCCGCCAAAUCCUUCGUCUCGCUGACACGCGCGCUCGACGCCUCGUGCGCCGUUGACGCCGCCAAGUGCGCCGCCCUGCUCUCCCAGUUCAACCGCGAGCUCGUCUCCAAGGACGUCUGCUCCAAGGACCUCGACGCCCAGAACCCGCUCGCCCUCAACGCCCAGACCGGCUUCGUCGCCUACCAGUUCGUGCACGACGCCGCCUGCCUCAAGAACCCCGACACCGGCAGCUACUGCAUGGCCGACGCCCUCGCCUCCGAGGCCACCGUCGCCAACACCUUCGUCUACCACAUCGCCCUCGGCGCCCCGCUGCCCGGCUCCACGCGCCCCGAGUGCAACAAGUGCCUGCAGGCCACCAUGGAGGUCUACUCGCGCGCCGCCGCCAUCAAGGACCAGCCGCUCGCGAAGACCUACCUCCCCACCGCCCAGCAGAUCAACAUCGGCUGCGGCCCGGCCUUCGUCUCUGAGCGCGUGAAGAGUGCCGCCCUGCCCGUGUCGGCCUCGCGGUCCCCCCAGCUCUAUCUCGCCCUGCCCCUCCUGGCGCUGAUGACGUUGUUUCUAGAAGGUUUUCUGUGA